UCGGAUCAGUUCCGACUGCCACAGAAAAGUUACUUUGUAAAGUCGUUGUUUUGGUUAGUUACCUUGCUAUUAUAUCUAUAAGUUAUUACUUUCUCACAAAUAAUUUUUAGACCUAAAGUUGGGGUUGUUUUCUGAAGAACGAUGUAUUACGUCUAUAGCCGUCAUCGGUUUGAGUUGCUGUCCUGAUUUUCUUUCAGAAGUAAAAUAUGUAAUUUUUCCAGAAAGAAUUUGCGUUUAAUCUUGUAUUUUCAUCGUUGGCACUCGGGAAUUAUCCAAAAUGAACGACCAGGAAAUUAUAACGGAAUGCUCUAAUGAUGUUUUUGUUCACUUCGCCGAGUCUCUGCACAUAUUUACUGGAUUGUUAACCGUAUCCACCGUAUGCGGGGGGUUCUCUGGAAUCAUAGCUGCAGCCCUCCUGUAUGUGUUUUGCCUUAAGCCUAUGCUACUGUCUCGAAAAGGCUAUGACGCCAGAAGACUAUUCGAGGUGGACGACCUGGAGAGAGAAAACCACCCAAGUGAUUGUGUCAGCAACAGCAAGAAGGGUGUCCAAAGUGACUAUGUCAACAACAGCAAAAAGGGUGUCCAAAGUGCCACGGCCAAUGAAAAAGAAAAGAAGCAACCACCAAUGAACAGCGACGUGGCUGCUUUUGCAUCACGGGCGAAAGUUGUGUACCCUAUCAACCAGAAAUACAGACCCUUAGCAGAUGGCGCCUCCAACCCCUCAUUGCACGAGCACUCCAAGCUACCUGUCCUCACUAAUGGAGAGUCCCUGUCAGGCUCCAGCAGGGAGUCGCUGAGCCAGGACCAGGACAAUGACGACAGUAGCCAAUUCAUCUCGUCCUCACUGGUCCCCAAAAGCCUGCAGAAUGAAAGCUUCACCCGGGUGGCCAACUACCCCAACACAAUCUAUCAGGCUGGUUUUGAAGGCAGGAUCAGUCUGUACUGUCUGGCCCUGCAGGAUGUUCAGCAACACUGUUCACAGGCCCAGGAGGAGAAAUGUUUGCUCUUUCUCAAAAUCCUCCGAAUUCUACUUGGCAAUCGUUUUCCCAAGGAUAAAAUGGAAUCAGCUUUUUACAACAAUAUUCUUCACCUACAAGAAACGGACCUGGAUUCAUUGAAAAGAGACUUGUCAGCAGGUCUGUUUGCCUGUCAGAGAAAUAAAGAUCCUGGAGAAGAUUGUACUCUGGAGGAGAUUGAAAGAACUCAGAAAGACCUAUUGGAGCAUGGCCUUCAAAUGACGAAGGGUUUUAGCAAGCAGGUCGAGAGCUUCUGCCAGAGUCUCCUGGGCAGGUCCAGUGUGCUACCCAGGGAUGAGGCCCAGGAGGUCAUCCGCACCGCCAUUUACUGUCUCCUCUUGGUGGAAAACCACCUGACAGAGACCCAGGCUGCAGACAUGAAGAGGAUCCAGGAGAGGCUGCUGUGGUGGGAGGAGCUGAGAGGUCUGCUGCAGGCCAAGCCGGCCCUGCUGAGACGGGAAGCGUCCCUCAGGCACUCCCUGGUGGCCCGAGGCCUCGAGCAGCUGACCAGUGAUGGGCAUCUGACGUUUGCCACCAUGGAGACAACCUUGAUGGAGCUACAGGCCGCCCUGACCGAGGGCCUCCAGAACUGCAGUGAAGAAUGCAGGAUGAAGACCAAGGAACUUGUGUAUGAAAGGUGCAAGAAGAUCGAUUCCAAGAAGAAGAAGCUCCUGAGUGCUCACAGGAAGGAGAGAAGCUGUGCCCUGGAUUCUGCACAGGCACACAGCGACCCACAGGAAUUUGUUAAGGUGUAUCAAGAGUUGCUUUUGAGACAGAGGAAGCAGAACACUGACCUGGAGCUGCAGCAGGAUGGGAAAGUGACAGAGAUGGUGUGUGACCUCUGGAGGAGGCAUUACGCCACCUGGUCCAAGAGGCUCGGUGAUCUGACCAAAGACAUCUUCCUGCCUGCUGUCCCUGGCCAGUCCCAGUUGUCCACGGACCAGUGCAAGAGGCUGUGGCUGGAUCUGGAAGGGGAGUUGGUCGGACUCCAGCAGCAGGCAGAGGGCCAAACCAGACGGCAACUGGAGGGCCUACGAGCCCAGCUGAAGCAGGAUGGACAGGUAUGGAGUGAAGAAAUGGCCCUGAUUCUGUCCUGCCUCCGCCACCUGAGUGAUCAGCAGCUGAAGAUCCUCAGAGGCAUGGUGGUCAGACAGAGCUACAUGCUAAAUAGCCACGUGGGGAUGCUGAUCGAGAAGAAACAGCACCUCCUGCUGGCAGCAAUUCAGAGGCACUUUGUGGCAAGACACUUCUGUCUGAGGGUGCUGAAGGAGAUGAGGCUGUCAAAGCUCAAGGUGAUGUCUCAAGGGGCCGACUCCAAGGCCAUGUUGGCUCUGGAUGAUCACAAUCAAGGCCAAGCCCCAGUCAGCUCAGCACUGCCUAAAGACCCCCAUCAGGACUCCAGUUCCAGUGUUGCCGAGAGGCACCUGGGCCCAGAAACGCAGCUGAUUGGCCACAGCUUCCAGCAGGAGUUCCUGUCGGAGCUGGAAACAGCAUCCGAGCUUCUUCAGGCCAACGCCCAGCUGCUGGUGGGGCACGCCCUCAGCCAUAGCCUCCGGCAGCAGAUGGACCUGACCACGCCCACCGGCCCCCAGCCGGACCAUAGCAGGAAGAGCCAGCUAACAGAAGUGGCCUCAGAGAGUGUGUAUGUGACCUGGGAUUCCCUCAGCACCCUAGUCACCAGCUACUAUGCUCAGAUCCAAGACAUCACAAGGAGUCUUCAACAGCAGCAGCGUUCUAACUGGGCCAGAGAGGAGGGUGAACGACGAGAGAGCAGCACUCAGAUGAACAAGGAUCUGUUAAAGGAGCUAGCCAACUGGGAAAGAAAGCCCAUGUCUUCUGAGUUUCAUCAGAGGGUUGAACUGCAGAAGAAGAGGAUGUUGGAACAAUAUGACUUGGAACAGGAAGUGGCAUGUGAAACUCUGAGGAGAAGGAAGCUGGCCCAAGAACAAACCAUGGAGAUAUUUAAAAGACAGCUACAGGAGGCAGAAGAGGCCUUCGCAGCAAAACUGUCCUCCUUAGCACGGAUCCCACCAUCCCGCAAAGAGCUAAUCACUGAGGAUGACACCAUAGGGGAGGAGGAGAAUCCGACACUGAAUCCAACACUGUGGAAGAGGCGAGAGAGGCGGGAGCGUGAAACUCUGCUGACCAAUCCAGCGCUUUUGUUUUCAUAGCAAUUGCAAAUGCAACCUUUGGGAGGACGGUUGACAAAUGGAAUUCAUUUUGAAUUGCUGAAAGUGUUUUACUCUGUGAUGGGUGGUUUGUUGUGGUGCAGAAUAUUCAUGUUCGUAUAUUCAUGUGUUAUAACAUUUAUUUAAACCUCUAUGUACAUUUAAAAAAUGCUUUUCAAUGUUUUUAAUUCCAAAAUUUUAAUUAGUGAACCUCGGGUUAAAUAACAAAUAUUCUACAGUGCCAAAAAAACAUUUGCCACUUUAACUAUUUUUUUUUAAACAUAUUUAACUUAUUUAAUAAAGUUAGUGCAACACCCAAUGCAUAUUGCCGCUUAACAUUCAAUAACUGGUUAUGUCCCUUUUGACUGUAAUGUCUACAACCAAACACUUCCUUUAAGUGUUCACCAGUCUGUUACUGUGAACGUAUCACGGCCCAUUCUUCCAUACAGGAUCACUUUAACCAAAUGUUUGAGCUGCUUCAGGGUCCUCCCACAACAUUUUCUUAAAAUUUUCUUGACUAGGACAUGACAAAAUGUUAAAUACGUUUGAGCAAUAAUAAAUUGUUCUGCAUGACAGUUUUGCUUCUCAGAUGACCUGAAAUCCUCCUUUAGAAUUCUACUGAAUUCAUGGUUCCUUCAAUCAAAGCCAGUCAUCCAGGCCCUGAAAUAAUUGCUCAAACCAUCACACUACCCCUACCAUGCGUAACCACAAAACAAUUUAGGGAGGAAUUAAGUGAGGAAUAUUACCUAUAUGUUGCCUUUUACUUUCUUUCAAACGUGUAUAAACAGUUGCCAUACAUUACCUGGAAUGUUCCGUGAAUACACAGGAUACAAUAGUGAUAUUACUAAUGGAAAAAAAACACAUUUACUAAAACCAUCCAUUCAUUGUAGGGAUCGAAGUGGGUUCCAUCCUAUAACUAUUUGAUAUAUGAAUUCCUAUAUGGCUGACAGGUGAAACCGACCAGUAUGUUGGGUUUGAUUCCAGUGAGAGUGCAUCUACUCAAGAAACGAAAGCUUUCCUCUCCUCUCAGUCUAAUGGAAUUUUAUGGGCCUUUAUGGAGGCUAAUGUUCACUAAUGGUGACAGGUCCACAAGGACUGAACCACACGACUGGAUGGGUGUGUGCGCGAGUGCCUAGUUCUAACAGGUCCUUCUAGCCAUACACCUUACAGUUAAGCCAGGGCCGGCUCACCAUGUAUAUGCUGUAUAUAUUUAUUAUUUUUGGGGGCAUUAUUAUUAUCAUGUCAGUCACUGACAGUCACUGAACUAGCCAUGUCUUACCAUUUUUAUCCUAAUGUAAUAGUCACAGCCAAAUACUGACCGGCAUGGGAAAGAACCUGGUCUGAGAAACUCUAAAAUCACUUGUAUAAUAUUUCUGCACAAUGGUCAAUGUCAAACGUUUUUACACAAAUAACGAUUUGUAAGUUGGUCUAUCCAUGUUUGCUUUUUUAUUUUUAUUUACACUGCUGUCUUUAUAAGUAGUGUGUAGGGGAGACCGGGGAUGGUUGUAACAUUUUGGAAAUUUCUGUCUGUAUCUUGAAGCUCUUUUAAGCCAGUGCAUUCCAAAUUGUAUACAAACUAGUUACAUGUGUCUGCUAUUUGAUGGCAUAGCUGUUAUAUCUUUGACACAAACAUAAAAUGCGUAGUUUAGUCUCAAACACAAGGAGUGCAAUAUUACAAUUCACCCCAUAGCCUGGGUUAGUUGUAACAUACCCUGGGGUGAAAUGUAACAUUAUGAUAUACCCUGGGGUGAGUUGUAACAAUAUAUAAAAAAUUAUGAUGACAAGAAAUGUAUAUAGAAAUCUUUUUAUUCAAAACUUCAAUUACUUUUUAACAUAAUUGGUGUGUGUGUGUGUGUGUGUGUGUGUGUGAAGUAUGUUAGUUACUGUCGGUCAUAGUAGUGAGACAUUGGAACAUAAUACAUUUGAACAAAAUGAGCAUUACUGAAUAUUAGUUUGUGCUUGUUUGUUAGCGUCAGUCUAGGCAUACCAAAAUUCAAUGAAAACAUAUAUAGGCCUACAACUAAAAUUUUGCAUAUAGUAGGUUGUAACAUUUUAAUUGUUGUUACAGCUAACCCAGAUUCUUGUUGUUACAACAAACCCAGUCUCUUAUAAUCAUGAACUAGCUUACCUUACAGCUAACAGGUAAAACAUUAUCACUAACAACUUGCAUGAAAGAUGUCUAGAUAGACACACAAUAAACAUAAUUUAAAUUUGUUGAAUUUAAUUACAUAGCUGGCAAUACUAUCACAAAAAUGUAUGAGGUAAAAAAAACAAAUUCUUAUCUCAAAAUUAGUUUUUUCCUUUUAAGAAUGGUUGUGUCUGCCACGGGGUGAUACUUCUUCACAUGUGAAACAAGGAUUAAAUUGAGCAUGUGCAGACUGAAUCAGGUGAUUCGUAACUUGUUCCUGAUUAGAGAAAUUGGAAGUGUUACAUUGUGUUACAUAUGUUACAACCAUCCCCGGUCUCCCCUACUUAUUACAACCUCCUGAAAAUAGCAUUUAUUUAUUUAGUCUAAUAUUUCUAUUGUUGUACUGUUGUGAUGGAACAGGCAAGUGUGAGUAUUUGGUUUUACUCACACUUGCCUGUUCCCCCAUCCUAAUCUCUCCUAGGGUCCCCAACAUGCUAGUGCCGGCACUGUGCCUAUCUA